CUGUCCGAGGAAGACAGCGAGGAGGAAGAGGAGGAUGGACACGGUGAGGAAGAAGAGGAGGACGAGGAGGUGGAGGGGCUGGAUCUUUACGUGGAACACAGCGCAGAGGAGGAUGAUGGAGAAGGUGAGGAGGAGGAGGAUGGGGAGGAGGAGGAGGUUGAAGAUGAAGGUGGGGACCUGUCCAUGGAAAGCGACUUGGAGGAGCGCCAUCGGGACUCCAAGCCCCCCCACGAGCUCUCCUGGGGCCAACGCAAGCAGCUUUACUACGACACGGACUAUGGGAGCGAUGCCCAGGCCAAGGGCAAGCGUAGCCAGCAAGAAGUCGAUGCUGAGGAGGAGGAAGAGGAGCAGGAGGCUCAAGUCAUCCAGAGGCGAUUGGUGCAGGACUUGGGGGAAGAUGAUUACGGGCUGGAUGUGAUCCAGGGCUAUCUGGCUGAGCGUCGGAAAACCCAUGAUAGCAAGGGGCAGAAGAUUGACAAAGACUUGCAGGCCCUUUCCAAGAAGGAGCAGCUGAAGUUACUGAAGCAGGAGUCCCCUGAGCUCCUGCAGCUGAUGGAGGACUUUGAAGUCAAGCUAAUGGAGCUCAAGGACGAACUGCACCCGCUGCUGCAAAUGGUCAAAAACGGCACUAUCCCGCAGGGGAAAGGCAGUCGCUAUUUGCAGACCAAGUAUCAUCUCUACUUGAAUUACUGUGCCAACAUCAGCUUCUAUUUGGUUUUGAAGUCUAAGAGGAUGCCAGUUCAUAGUCACCCUGUUAUCGAACGGCUGGUUGCUUAUAGAAAUAUAAUCAAUGACCUAGCUGUUAUAGAUCAAAAGUUAUCCUCACAAGUUCGUAUGCUUUUGAAAAACUACUACGAUAAGAAGGAAGAUAAAUUACAGAAGGAGAAGAGGUUUGCGGUGUUUCUCCCUCUGGAUGUUAAGAAAACUAAACCAAAGCAUACACCUGCGCUUGCUAAUGGCCGGGCUACUGCUGCUGAACUGUCAGAUGAGUCGGACCUGGAUGAAGAGGCUGCCCUAAAAUACUAUAAGAUGAUGGAGGAGAAGUUGAAACUCAAGAGGAAGAGAACUGAAGACCAAGACAUGCUUGAAGAAGAAGUGUUGUCGGAAGGAGAGGAUCCAAAUAAAAAGAGAGGUGUGACGUAUCAGAUGAUCAAGAACAAAGGCCUUACGCCCAGAAGGAAGAAGAUCGAUCGCAACCCCAGGGUCAAGCACCGGGAGAAGUUUCGGCGAGCCAAGAUUCGCCGCAAGGGCCAGGUCCGUGAAGUUCGGAGGGAAUUGCACAGAUAUGCUGGGGAACUGUCUGGCAUUCGUGCGGGAAUUAAGAAAAGCAGGAAGCUUCAGUGAUACUUAUUUUUCUCUGUUUGGGAGAGCUGCGAGUAGCAGUACUGAAUCCAAUAAAAAUUUU